GGUAACACACUAUCUGGACUUAGACAUGGUGGACCUUGUAGCGUGGCGGCUCUGUGCUACACAAAGACGAGGACACUGAAAUAAAACAAUAAGAGAAACGCAGUACUGCAGAGUGAUCGCUGGUUGAAGAGGAGAUCAACAGCAUGCCCGUGAAUCAGAGCAGAGCCAGAGCGCGGAACAAUGUGCUGAACAGAGCGGAGUUCAUGUCGCUGCAGCAGCCGCUCAGGGCAAACGCCGGUACCGAAGCUCGAACCCGCAGAGCCUCGUAUAAAGCCUCCCAGCAGCAGCAUGCACACAGCGGGGACAGCACGAGCGCACAGCAGCACCCAGAGCCGGGGGAGGGCACCAAGGAACGCAGAGAUCUGCCCGAGGAGGACUGCAUGCAGCUCAACCCGUCCUUUAAAGGGAUCGCCAUGAACUCACUGCUCGCCAUUGAUAUCUGCAUGUCCAAGCGACUCGGCGUGUGCGCGCAUGCGACCUCCUCAUGGGGCAGCGCGCGCUCCAUGGUCAAGCUGCUGGCGCUCACUGGUCACGGUAUCCCGUGGAUCAUCGGUACCCUGGUGUGUCUUACACGUAGUAACACACUGGCUGGACAGGAGGUUUUGCUUAAUCUGCUGCUAGCUCUCUUGCUAGAUGUGACUACUGUGGCAGGCAUGCAGAAGUUGGUAAAGCGCAAAGGACCUUGGGAGAUGGCACCCGGUUUCUUUGACUACCUGGCCAUGGACGUCUACUCCUUUCCAGCAGCCAUUGCGAGCCGGGCAGCAAUGGUAUCAAAGUUCUUGUUAGCACACCUGGUGCUUGCAGUUCCUCUGCGCAUUUUGCUAGUGCUGUGGGCAAUGCUGGUGGGUACAUCACGCAUCCUGCUGGGUCGCCACCACCUGUCUGAUGUGGGAUGCGGCUUUGCGUUAGGAUUUCUGCACUACAGUCUGGUGGAGAUGGUGUGGUUGUCGUCCAGCACUUGUCAGACUCUAAUCUCAAUUGGGACACUAAACUGGAGCCCACUGUAUUGAUUAGUGAGCAAUACAUGCAACUUUUUAAUCAGGCUAAAAUCCGUCGGCCCAGUGCCCAUGCUGCAGAGUCAAAAUGCAAAUCCAUCCGCAUGUAUUUGGAGAGAAUUAAAAGUAACCUGAAUUGAACACUCAUUUCAGCCAAAGCUUUUCAGCCUUAACGUUAAAUAAGCAGUUGGGAUGUACACGGGCUGGAUAUUAAAUAUAAACAUAGCAACGGCAAUGCAGUCAAUUUUACUGUGCAUUGUAUUAUGUCAAAAAGUUACAGCAGAUAAGCUGAACUACUUUGCAUUUGUUUUUCACUGCUGCAAGAGAAUGUUUGCUCAGGGAUUUUUGCAACACCAACACAUCAUCAAGAAGAAAUCUGUUACUAUUAAAAUUGAAUAUCCCAUGUAUGCUGGCAUUAAAAGCAAAGCUUGUUGCCAGAAUGUCUACAGUGUUGUAUUCUAUUAUACACACAUUACUGUGAAGCAUUGAAAUCAUGGCCAAUUUAAUUGUAAUUAGUUAUUUGCUGUUUUUUUGAAAUUGGGUAAGACUGAAGUAAAUGUGUAAGAGACCUGUAGCGUGGAUGUGAGAGUGAAAUUGCUUUUAAAUUUAAAAGUAACAAUAAAUGCAAUAUAGCAAUAUUUCAACAAUGCAA